CCCACACAUUAAAAGCCGGUCCCAGAGCGGGCUCCAUCAUUCCAGUCCCUGUAUUUCAUUCUGCUGGACGAGAAUGGCCCGGACCAAGCAGACAGCGCGCAAAUCGACCGGAGGGAAAGCUCCCCGCAAACAGCUGGCUACCAAAGCGGCGCGGAAGAGCGCUCCAGCCACGGGCGGAGUGAAGAAGCCCCAUCGCUACAGGCCCGGCACCGUGGCUCUGAGGGAGAUCCGGCGCUACCAGAAAUCCACCGAGCUGCUCAUCCGCAAACUGCCCUUCCAGCGCCUGGUGCGAGAGAUCGCUCAAGACUUCAAGACAGACCUGCGCUUCCAGAGCUCGGCUGUCAUGGCCCUGCAGGAGGCCAGCGAGGCUUACCUGGUGGGGCUCUUUGAGGACACCAACCUGUGCGCCAUCCACGCCAAGCGAGUCACCAUCAUGCCCAAAGACAUCCAACUGGCCCGCCGCAUCCGCGGGGAGCGCGCCUGAACCCGGCCUCGGCACCAAGAACAACAAAAGGCUCUUUUAAGAGCCACCAACCCAGCAGAGGAAAGAGCUGUGCCUUCCUGUUCACUGUCCUCUUACAUUAGCGUCUCGUCACACUCUGACCUCCCCUUGUGUGCACGAUUCAGUCCAGCACACAUCCGGGCUGUCUCAUCAAACGACUCCGCACAAAACACGACAAGUUCCAACACAGACCCGUCCCUCCGCGCCGACUCCCCAUAAUCGGCUAUUCUCUGCCGUCAGGUAAAAGCGCGGGCAGCGGAGCUUCACCUCUCCCUCCCAGUCAGUGUGUCCGCGAUCAAACACUUCACCCACUCACCUGCCGUGUAAAGUCAGAUGUUGUAAAGAAGGUUUUCGGGAAUUUGUUGUCACUGUUUUACUGAUGUAGAGAAUGGUGUUUUGCUAACUGCAGCCCCCUGUUCUGUAACAUGGGUCUCACAUUUCUACCCGAGUCCAUCAUCGUUUCACGGGGACACAAGAGACGGCGGGACUGGAAUCGCGGUCCUCUCACGGAACAAGUUUGUCAGAUUGCAGUCUCGGCUCAGACCGCAGUUUGUGAAGAGAGACCGGUCCAAACUCCUAUGCAUUUCAUACACAGACCGAUCGCUAAUGUAAGCAGUUGUUGGGGGUUAAAUUAUCAGAAAUGCUGA